AUGUUUUCUGUGUGGACUGUGAUGUUUUUGUUCAUGACUCUCUCCACUGUUGUCCUGGCUGUAUUCAUAAUAUUCCAACUCCUUCAGGUGGAAACUCAAAUUGAAUAGUAGUAACCAAUGAAGUGGGCCAAAGGAAACCACAGCCUGAACACACAUAUCACCUGUGGGAGACUUCACCCUGAAGAGAAUCCUGGAGCAGCGGGGGACUCCGAGUGCCAGGUAUGCCAGGACCAACACAGCAUUUGCACUCAGGCCGCCCAUUCUCCUUCCACUGGACAGAGACUUUGGCUAAACCUCACGAAAAUGGCCUCACAGGAGGAGGCCGCUGACCAGAGGAUUUCCCAGCAUGACGAAACUGCCUUCCCUCAGCUGUCUGCUCUUCUAGGCAUCGACAUGGUUCAGUUUGUAAAGGAAAUAGAAAAAAAGGAGCAGGAAGAUCGAGAAAAAAUGCAGAAGGGCUUUAACUCAGAAAUGCGCAGUGAAGCAAAAAGGUUAAAGACUUUUGUGACCUAUGACUCCUACAGCUCGUGGACACCACAGGAGAUGGCAGCGGCUGGGUUUUAUUUCACCGGCAUAAAAUCGGGGGUGCAGUGCUUCUGCUGUAGCUUAAUCCUGUUUUGUACCACCCUCAAGCGUCUCCCCAUAGAACACCAUAAGAAGUUCAGCCCGCACUGUGAGUUCCUUUUGGGCAAAGAUGUUGGCAACAUUGCUAAGUAUGACAUAAGAGUUAAGAAUCCAGAGAGCAAGAUGAGAGGAGACAAAGCAAAGUACCAAGAAGAGAAGGCCAGACUUGAAUCCUUCCACGAUUGGCCAUUUUAUGCCCAUGGGACAUCCCCACGGGAGCUCUCAGCAGCUGGCUUUGUCUUUACAGGGAAACGCGACACUGUGCAGUGCUUUUCCUGUGGUGGAUGUUUAGGAAAUUGGGAGGAAGGAGAUGAUCCUUGGAAGGAGCAUGCUAAGUGGUUCCCCAAAUGUGAAUUUCUUCAAAGUAAGAAGUCCUCAGAGGAAAUUGCCCAGUAUAUUCAAAGCUACAAGGGAUUUGUUGAUGUCACGGGAGAACAUUUUGUGAAUUCCUGGGUCAAGAGAGAUUUACCUAUGGCAUCAGCUUUUUGCAAUGACAGCAUCUUUGCUAAUGAAGAACUACGACUGGAGUCUUUUAAGAAAUGGCCCCAUGCAUUUCCUGGGGGCGCUGCAGCUCUGGCCAAAGCAGGUCUUUUCUACAUAGGUAUAGAGGACACCGUCCAGUGUUUUUCCUGUGGAGGAUGUAUGAACAACUGGGUGGAAGGUGAUGACCCAUUAGGAGAUCAUUCCAAAUAUUUUCCUGAUUGUCUGUUUCUCCAAAAUCUGAAGGCCUCUGCAGAAGUGAUUCCAGACCUGCAGAGCCACGAUGAGCUUUCUGAAUUGACGGAAACCAUAAGUGAAACCAGUCUUGAAGAUUCAGCAGCAGUUAGUUCUCUAGUGCCAGAGACAGCCCAGAGUGAAGCCCAGUGGUUUGAGGAGGCAAAAAGCCUGAACCAGCGACUGAAAGAAGCCUACACCGAUGCCAGUUUCCGCCGCAUGUAUAUGCUUGAGGUCUCUUCCAGUCUGGCCACAGACCACUUGCUGAGUUGUGAUCUGUCCCUUGCUUCAAAACACAUCAGCACUCCUGUGCAAAAGCCUGUACUGUUGUCUGAUGUCUUUGCCAACUUGAACUCUGUCAUGUGUGUGGAGGGUGAAGCUGGUAGUGGAAAGACAGUCCUCCUGAAGAAAAUAGCUCUUCUAUGGGCAUCAGGAUGCUGUCCCUUGUUAAACAGGUUCCAGCUGGUCUUCUAUCUCUCCCUUAACUCUACCAGACUAGACCAAGGGCUGGCCAACAUCAUUUGUGACCAACUCCUAGAGACAGAAGGAUCUGUUACUGAAAUGUCCCUAAGGAACAUCAUGCAGCAGUUAAAGAAUCAGGUGUUAUUCCUUUUGGAUGACUACAAAGAAAUGUGCUCAGUCCCUCAAGUCAUACAAAAACUGAUUCAUAAGAACCACUCAUCAAGGACCUGUUUAUUGAUUGCCGUCCGCACAAACAGGACCAAGGACAUCCGACAGUACCUACAUACGAUUCUAGAGAUCAAAGCGUUUCCCUUCUAUAAUACUGUCUACAUAUUACGGAAGUUUUUUUCUCAUGAUUUGAUCCGUCUGCAAAAGUUUAUGAUUCACUUUAAAAUGAAUGCAGAUAUGCAGGGAAUUCAGAAAACUCCUCUUUUUGUAGCAGCAGUUUGUGCUAAUUGGUUUCGAAACCCUUUUGACCGGUCCUAUGAUCAUGUGACUGUUUUCAAAUCCUAUAUAGAAUGCCUAUCCUUAAAGCACAAACUUUCAGCUGAACGUUUCAAAGCAAAUGUGUCCUCCUGUGGUAAGCUGGCCUUGAAAGGGUUUUUCUCUUCUUGCUUUGAGUUUAGUGAUGAUGACCUUGUAGAAGCAGGAGUUGACGAAGAUGAAGAUCUAACCAUGUGCCUGAUGAGUAAAUUCACAGCCCAGAGACUGAGACCAGUCUAUCAGUUUUUAGAUCCUGCAUUCCAAGAAUUUCUUGCUGGGAUGGGGCUGAUAGUACUCCUGGAUUCCGAUAGGCAAGAAGAUCAAGACUUGGGACUUUAUUAUUUGAAACAAAUCCACUCUUCCAUGAUGACUUUAAGUUCCUGUAAGAAUUUUUUGAUGUAUGUCUCCUGCUACCCUUCAACAAAGGCAGGGCCAAAAAUUGUAUCUCAUUUGCUUCAUUUGUUGGACAACAAAAAGUCAUUGGAGAAUCUAUCUGAAAAAGACGAUCUGAAGCACCAUCCGGAAGUUUCAGAGAGCGUGUGCCUAUAUAGGUCAUUGUGGCAAUUAUCUCCAGAAGAUUGCUUUUCACUGGUUUCAAAACAUUUACUGACUUUUGCUAUAAAAAUUGCUUAUCAAAGCAACACUGUUGAAGCAUGUUCUCCAUUUAUUUUGCAAUUCCUUCAAGGGAGAACCCUGACUUUGGAUAUGCUUAAUUUACCGUAUUUUUUUGACCAUCCAGAAAGCCUGCUAUUGUUGAGGAGCAUCAAAGUCUCUGUAACUGGAAACAUGAAAAUCAUGUCACCUGUAUCAGAUAGUUCAUGUCUGGAGAGAUGUUGGGACAAAUCACAGGCACCAACUAUACAACAGGACUGUGCUGCUGCCUUUGAAGAUAUGAUGGAAUGGGAGCAGAAUAUAGUUGAAAAACAGAAAGACAUGUUGAGAUUUAUGAGUAUGAUUGUCAAAGCACCACCAGACAUCAGCACUGGCUAUUGGAAACUUUCUCCAAAGCAGCACAAGAUUCCUCUUCUGGAAGUCCACGUGACUAAUAUGGAUGGUGUGGACCAAGAGACGCUCAGGGUUCUAAUGGCAGUUUUUUCAGCUUCACAGCACAUUGAACUUCACUUAAGGGGAAGCAGGGGCUUUAUUGAAAGCCUUUGCCCAGCUAUUGAGCAGUAUAAAGCUUCUUUCACCAAGUGCUCCAUAAAUGAAUCUGAGCUGAAUGCAGUAGAACAGGAAUUGCUUCUCAAUCUGCCUUCCCUGGAAUCCCUCGAAGUCUCAGGAACAACCCAGAUAACAGAUCAACUCUUUCCUAAUUUGGACAAGUUCCCAUGCCUGAAAGAAUUGUCUGUGAAUAUGGACAAAAAAAAUGUUUUUUCAGUUAUUCCUGAAGAAUUUCUAAAUCUCCACAAUAUGAAGAAAUUAUUGAUUGAAAUUUCCGCUGAGAAUGGUCCUUCUAAAAUAGUUAAAUUAAUUGAGAAUUCUCCAAACCUUAAUGUUUUCCAUCUGCAAUGUAAUUUCUUUUCGGAUUUUGAGUCUCUCUUGACUGUACUCGCUUCCUGCAAGAAACUCAAAGAAAUUAAGUUUUCUGGAGCAUUUUUUAAACCCAUCCCAUUUGUCACCAUUCUGACAAAUUUUAUUUCUCUGAAGAUAUUAGAUCUUAAAUUCCAAGAAUUUCCCGAUAAGGAAACAUCUGAAAAAUUUGCCCACACUUUAGGUUCUCUUAGCAAUCUGGAAGAAUUGAUCCUUCCUAAUGGGGAUGGGAUUCAUCAGGUGGCCAAACUGAUCAUCCAGCAGUGUCAGCAUCUUCGAUGUCUCCGAGUUCUCUCAUUUUUCAAGACUUUAAAUGAUGACAGUGUAAUGGAAAUUGCCAAAGUAGCAAUCAGUGGAGGUUUCCAGAAACUUGAGAACUUAGACCUUUCACUGAAUCACAAGAUUACAGAGGAAGGAUAUAGAAAUUUCUUUCAAGUACUGGACAACUUGCCAAACUUGCAAGAGUUGACAAUUUCCAGGCAUUACACUGAAUGUAUCAGAGUUCAGGCCACCACAGUGAAGUCUUUGAGUCAAUGUAUGUUAAGGCUGCCAAGUCUCACCACAAUCAACAUGUUAAGCUGGCUCCUGGAUGCAGAAGACAUCACACUGCUUACUUCGACAAAAGAAAAACACCCUCAAUCUAAACUCUUCAAUAUUCACUGGAAAUGGAGAUUGCCAUUCUCUCCUAUCAUCCAGAAAUAGAAGAUUUAGCUAAAAAAUGCUGAAUCAAGAAAAAUUUUGUCAACAAUUCUAAAAACCUAAUUAUCCAAAAACAUUUUAUUAAAUAUUGCAGGCAAAAUAAUAGUUAUAAAACAUGUAAGGCAUGUAAAAAAAAAAAAUAACACCCUGCAUGCCCACCAUUGAGCUUAAGAAACAUUAUUACCAGUAUCUUUGAAGUCUCUCAAUGAUCUUCCCAACUAAAGUUUAUACAUCUAACCCUCCAUAGUCCAGCAUUAGCAUCAGGUAUUCAGGCUAACUGUGGUAAAGAGAAACAAAGCUAGAAGGAGAGGGUGGAGGAACACUGAUCUAGCUAAAAGUCAGUGUGGAAGAACUCAUGUUAUAUAUGAAAUGACUAACUUAAGGACUAAAUCAGUUUCACACAGAGGUGAAACAAGAGUUCACUUUAACAGGGUACAGAUGAGUCUUUUGUGGGCCAAGAGAUAUUCCCUAAUCCAGGGGACCUCAAACUACAGCCCGCGGGCCACAUGCAAAUACAAAUAUUGUAUUUGUUCCCGUUUUGU